UGAUCGCGGGAACUACAACCGCAGCUGAAACAGAUUUUCAAAAGUGUUUUCAGCAUGAAGCUGACAAAACUAGUCUUGGCGACAUUGACCGUGCUGAGCCGUGUACUCGUGGCAUCAUUCCUCAUUCUUCAAGGAAUCCGAGGUGAUGCCCAUACUGGCGACAAAGACGGCCUUUCCGGUGAUAAAACGUUACAAAGGGAAAAACGGUUCUGGCUGUAUGAUAAAUUUAAAAACAAAAAGAUGUUUCAAAAGUUCAGAGAUGACGGCCUGUCCUCAGAAACCGAGAAGCUGUGGGUGAAAUUCAUCAAGAAAAUGCAUUACGACUUCGUGAAGACCGAAGGUGACAGCGUGGAGUUUCCCUGUAAAAACGAAGUCUCGCAGAAUAUAGCUUCCGAGUACCCCAAAUCUGUAUACCAUUGGUCCGUUAACGAGUACCCUGUUGUCAUGGAUGCAUCCCGGAUGUUUUUGUUCAAGGGGACCUUUUCCAUCAGGGAUGUAAACUUCAAGGACACCGGUGUGUAUGUGUGUUUGAUGGAAUACAGCAAGAAGAAUUUUAAGACGGUUGGGAUCUAUUCUUUGACAGUGAAGACAGAAGGCCCCACAAAAAGUGUCCGUGAGACAGAGGCACUGGAGCUCACCUGCAACAGUAAUGCGUUGUCUCAGAUGUACCCCGAGACAAGCUUAAAGUGGUUUCUGAAUAAUACAGAAUAUGUACCAGUUGUAAAGACGAACACAAGUGAGAAAGUCAUUGUUAAAAAUGUACGGAGUAAUUCCACAGGAAAUUGGACAUGUGCAGUGACAGAUCCGGUGACAAAAAGAACGUGGCAUACAGCGUGGUACAACGUUGCCGUAACGCCACCUCCGCCCUUGUAUAAACGGUUGUACAACUUGAUGCUGGAGUACAAGUUGUACACAGGUCUGAUCGUCCUUGGUGUUGUGCUGUUUGCAGGUUUAGUGUUAGGCGUAUGUAUAUACACCGCACAUAAAGCCAAGGGAAGAAAUAAUGAGAGCUUUGGGAGGAUGAAGGAUAAAAUCUUGUCCAUGAAGACGAACGAUAUGUUUGGACUGAACACUGUGAAAUUUAAUUUGUUGUCUGAAACUUCAGAUGAAGAAUCUGAAUCUUCAAGUGUCGAAACCCCUUCGUCAUUCUGUUCUGAGUCUUCUGUAUCUAACGGUUCAAAUUCCAGACUAAUUUCACAACCGAGGACUUUCUUGAAGUAAGCGCCCUAUUCCUAAAGUGAGUGACAUUUUACGUCGCAUCGGCAUUUUUUCAGCCAUAUAGUGACGAGACCAAAUUUACAUGACUGAAAUAUAAACUACCGGGUAGAAGAAUGUUAUCGCCGACUUCACUUGACCAAUAACAAAUAGAAACAAAGACGUUUGUGAGAUUUAAGGUAAUUAUUUUC